AUGAUUUACAGAACGAAGCAAUUGCUCGUCACCAACACAUUGCAAGCCAUAGGAGUCGGAAUCAUGCUCGGCGCGAUCUACAUCAACAUCGGAUUAGACAAAUCGGGGAUCGAGAAGCGAUUAGGUCUCUUCACGUACACACUCAUCUUCCUCCUCUCCUCCACCACCGAAACCCUCCCGAUCUUCAUCAACGAGCGACCAAUCCUCCUCCGAGAAGCCUCCAGCGGUGUCUACCGCCUCUCCUCCUACCUAAUCGCCAACACGCUCGUCUUCAUCCCCUACCUCCUCGCCAUGCAAUUGUCUUCCCUGCUUCUGUUUACUUCCUAUAUUCAUGUUUCAAUUGCUCAUAUUCUUCAGCUUCAAUUUUGGGGAAAAAACGUUCUGUUUUCUAUAUGCUUUCAGGUCAAUUUAGAAGCAAGUGAAAAGGUCCUGGAACUUGAACAGAAGUACAACGAAAUACGGAAGCCUGUCUAUGAUAAGCGAAAUGACAUCAUUAAAUCCAUUCCUGAUUUCUGGUUGACUGCUUUUAUGAGUCAUCCUGCACUCAGUGAACUUUUGACUGAUGAGGACCAAAAGAUAUUCAAGUAUUUGAGUAAGCUUGAAGUUGAGGAUUGCAAAGAUGUGAAAUCUGGUUACUCCAUUACGUUUCACUUCGAGUCCAAUCCUUACUUUGAAGAUGCUAUACUCACAAAGACCUUUACAUUCUUUGAGGAAGGAACAACCGAAAUCUCAGCAACAGCAAUAACCUGGAAAGAAGGCAUGGGCAUUCCUAUUGGUGUUGCUGCUGAAGAGAAGAAAGGAAACAAGCGGCCUAAAGCUGAUGAGAGCUUCUUUUCCUGGUUCAACAACAUCCAGCAUAGUAGUAAUUUGGAAGAGAUACAUGAUGAGGUUGCUGAAAUUAUCAAGGAUGAUCUAUGGCCCAAUCCCCUUAGAUAUUUUAACAACGAGGCUGCUGAUGAAGAGGGGUCUGAAAUGGAUGAUGAUGAGGACAAGGACAGUGAUGGCUCUGAAGAUGAUGAUGAUGAUGACCAAGAUGAUGACGAAAAUGAAGAUUAAAAAAGAUAGGCUAUACUCCAGAAAGUUCUGUUUACUGGUUUCCAUAAACUAUCAUGUUUCUGUAAAUUCGUUUAUAGGUUUCUGCAGGUUUUAAACCUAAUUGUCUCUGCUUGAAUUCGUGUGUCGGGUAUUCACACUUCUAACUCGUGCUAUCUACUGAUAAAUUCCGUGUC